AUGCCUCAACUAGUGCACAUCAUCGACGUCAAAAGCGGCAACCUACAGUCGCUCACCAACGCCAUCAAGCACGUGGGCGACUACGACAUUGCGUACAUCCGCGACGCGGCGGACUUCGACCGGGCCAACGCCGACAUUUCGCGCUUGGUCUUCCCCGGCGUCGGCAACUAUGGCCAUUUUGUCCGGCAGAUCAACGAGCGCCAUCUUGCCGAGCCCAUCCGCAAAUACAUCGACAGCGGCCGGCGCAUCAUGGGCAUCUGCGUGGGCCUCCAGGCGUUUUUCCGCUCGUCCGAGGAGAGCCCGGCCGUGGCCGGGUUGGAGCUCCUCGACUGGGACCUCCACAAGUUCGACAAGAACGACCCGCUGUUUGUGCACAAGCGCCAGGUGAAGGCCGUGCCGCACAUUGGCUGGAACUCCGUCAACACCGCGUUUGCAGGCACGCGUGCCUUGGCGCCCCUGGACCGGUUCUACGGCAUCUCGCAGCAGGACAAGUACUACUUCGUGCACUCGUACGCGGCCAUUCUCCGGACCCAGCAGGACCGCGCGGCCAUGGCACACGCACAAGAACACGGCUGGGACUUCUGCGUGGCCCAGUACGGCGCCGAGGAGUUCGUGGCGGCCGUGGCCCACAAGGGGCUCUUUGCCACGCAGUUCCACCCGGAGAAAUCCGGCGUGGCCGGGCUCCGCGUGCUCCGGGCGUUCUUGCAAAACGAGCGCAUAGCCGCCGGCGACGCGCGGGCCACCAACACGCGCGACGCGGGGCUCUCGCGCCGCAUCAUCGCGUGCUUGGACGUGCGUGCCAAUGACAACGGCGACUUGGUGGUCACCAAGGGCGACCAGUACAACGUGCGCGAGGCGGGCGGCGACGGCGAGGGCCUGGUGCGCAACCUCGGCAAGCCCGUGGAGUUGGCCACGCGCUACUACCGCCAGGGCGCGGACGAGGUCACGUUCCUCAACAUCACGUCGUUCCGCAACUCGCCCAUCCGCGACUUGCCCAUGCUCGAGGUGUUGCGCAAGGCGGCGGAGAACAUCUUCGUGCCGCUCACCGUGGGCGGCGGCAUCAAGGACAUGACGGACCCGACCACCGGCGAGGCGUUCCCGGCCGUGAAGGUCGCGGACUUGUACUUCCGCUCCGGCGCCGACAAGGUCAGCAUCGGCUCCGAGGCCGUGGCCAUUGCCGAGGCCUACUACGCCAGCGGCAAGCAGAAGACCGGCACGUCUGCCAUCGAGACCAUCUCCGCGUGUUUCGGCAACCAGGCCGUGGUGAUUUCCGUCGACCCGAAGCGCGUGUACGUGGCGUCGCCGGACGCGACGCGCAUGGCCGUGCUUGCCAUCUCCGACCCGGCCAACUACGGGCCCAACGGCGAGAAGUACUGCUACUACCAGGUGAGCAGCCAGGGCGGCCGCCGGUUCCACGACUUGGGCGCGCUCGAGCUCUGCCAGGCCUGCGAGGACUUGGGGGCGGGUGAGAUCUUGUUGAAUCUGAUUGACUACGACGGCUCCAACAACGGCUACAACCUCGAGCUCUUGCGGCAGGUCAAGCUGAACGUGUCCAUCCCGGUGAUUGCGUCCUCGGGCGCCGGCAAGCCCGAGCACUUCCAGGAGGUGUUUGAGAUGGACUGCGGCAUCGACGCGGCGCUUGGCGCGGGCAUGUUCCACCGCGGCGAGUACGAGGUGAAUGCCGUUAAGCUGUAUUUGCGUGACCAGGGCAUGAACGUGCGCUUGGAUGUGGGCGUGGACCUUUGA